AGGUGGAGGCAAUGGUGGUGGCGGUGCGGCGGGGGCUGCAGGUGGGGUUGGGUUGGGUUGGGUGGGGUUGCUGUUCAGGCUGUAGUUCUUAAAACCAGGAUGUCUACCAGUUCCAUCAGGAGUUGUAGCAGAUGCUGUGGGGGGUGAAAGGAUGUGUUAGGGCCCAUGGGUCGCGCGACACAGCCCACGUGCUGUUGGUAACCACUACCGUACUGCCGUACUACCGGAAUGCGAAAGUACGGCAGCAAGAUCGCCAGCAACCAUGGAACCGCCACCCUUCCUUGCUACCCCACACCCAUUCCUAACCCUCCCGACUUCUCCUUCCUGCCCCAUCAACCAACACCACCCUCCACCGCUUCUAACACACGCACAGCCGCCCCCGCCUCGACCGCCCCUCCGGGUGUGCUCGGACCACCACCGCCACCACCGCCACCGCCGGCGCCGCAGCGCCAGACACCGCCCUACCCCGCCACUGCUCCCGCCGAUCUCAGUCCCUUCGGAGCAGUAAUCGCUGAAGAGACAGCAGCAGCAGCGACGGCAGCAGCGGGCAGCGGUGCCGCUGCUGCUGCUGCCGCCAAGGGUGCUGUGGAGGGUAGCUACGAUAAUGCUGAGGAAGAAGAGGGUGAAGAGGAGGAGGAGCUGAGCCGCAGAAGUCCCUUCAGAACGGCGGUGCAUGGUAUGAUACCGGCGCAUAUAGACGACAUGGGCGGCACAGGCGGCGUUGAGGGUGGCGGUGACGGCGACGUCAUCGGGCGAGAUCCUUCGGGUCUGCUCCGCCGCUCUACCCUGCGUCACCAACGGUCAGCCCGAGGCUACCAACUGAACUUCCUGCAGCUCCCUAGCUUCACACUUCGUCGCCGAAACGUUGCUGGUGGUGCUGGUGCUGCUGGUGGCGGCGGCGGCGGGCUACACCACCCUAGCAUCGGCGGCGGCAGCAGCAGCGCGUACGGCAUGCCGUCGCAAAGCACACUGAUCAGACGCCGCAGUACGGCGCUGGCGGCGGCGUGGCAGGCGGAGCAGGCGAGGCGGCAGCAGGCGGCGGCGGCGGCGAGGGGAGCGAACGGGGAGGCAGGACGGGGAGCGAACGGGGGCGCUGCUGCUGCGGUGGCAGACAAUCAGGACGAGGGCGCUAGGUCGGAGCUCCCCCCGCUACCUCCCCGCCCCUCCCUUGCGCAAUGGAGACAUCAGCAGCAGCAGCCGGCGACAUCAGCAGCAGCAGCAGCGGCAGCAGCAGCUCCCGAAGAGAUCCCUGCCCAGCAACGCCCCAGGAAUGGCAGUGCCGUCAACGGCGGCAGCGGCGGCGGCGGCGGCAACGGCAAAGAUGUUGUCCGCCGGGCUUCCCACAUGCUGAUGUCCGCAGCGGGCGGCAACGGUGGCAGCAGCAGCAGCACCAUGACGAGCAUGAGGCACCAGGAUUCUUCGAGGCGCAUGGAUCUGGAUUCCGCAAUGCUGGAUCUGGAAUUGCCAUACGAACUCCGGGCGCUGGAGGCUGGGCUGUGGGAGGCCGUACGGCUGCUGGAUGCGCAGGUAGCCUGGCUGGAGGCGCAUGUGCCGUACAUCGCGGACGACCUGGCUCGCGGCGUGAGUCCUGCGCGGCUGGAGCGGGUGCGUGAGGCCAAGCGGGCGAUCAAGGCGGUGGGCGGGCGGUGCAGGCGGCUGGCCACCACGCUGCGGGGCAUCCUGGCGCCAGCAGCUCCAAUGAAGAAGGCGGCGGCGGCGGCGGAGGCGCCGGCGGAGGCGACGGGUGGCCGAAUGGACUGCCGUACGGCGGCGGCGGCGGAG